CUCGUCUCCUGGACAGUCACUGGACUGACCGCACAGAACAGAGAGAGCGUGUGAAAGUCUGGCUGUUCCCUACUUAGUAGACGAGAUGAACACACACCAACAAUGAAACCACCACACGGCGCAUCCCCAUCCCUUUCUUCCAUCCCCCGUCCUUUUUCUUUCCCUCCGCCCCUCUCCCUCUCUUCAUCUUCUCCUAUCCUCAACCAUCCAACUUCAUCAUCGUCACUAUCCAACCGGACUAUGUCACUCGUGCUUCGCUCCUCUUGUCUCCAUCAGCCCUGUCAAACUUUUGCCUCACCCUGACCAAGUCGCGCCGCCGCGUUUGACGUCUGGAACCACUUCUCCAGCCAACCAACUUGUCCGUCACCCACGUCACAAUCGCCAUUUAAAAAAUAUCCAACUUUCUGCCUUCCACCAACACUGCCACUCCGCGUCUCAACGGCUUUUACCUUCCCUUCACACCCAUCGGGGCUAAUUGUCAUUUCUUCUAUCAUACCCUCUUAAAAUCGACAUCGGCAGAAUACCCAUUGAGCUGAAAUGCCCGCUGCCACUGCCACCAACGGUCGCUCCAGUAGGUCUGGGCCCUCUUCGAAAGGGGUCGUCGUCCUCAAGCUCUCGCCAGACUUGUUAAGUCGCUUUGCCAGUCCUCCGCCCCCAGAGGUCAAAGACAGGAAGAAGAGCAACAUUAAGGACGAGGAGUCCAGAGCCUCCUCCCCCGUCAAGGAGAAGGAACCCUCCUCCCCGGCGUCAUCUUUCGUGGAAGCGCCUAUCCAUCCGUCCGACAAUGCAUCGGAUGCUGCAUCUACACCGGCUGCGGGCACCUCAGCUGCUGACACCCCCCGUCGCAAAGGUGUACCUGGUCCCAAGCCUGGAGUCAAACGAAGUCUGAAUCAGACGAGCGAGACAACGCCUAAGCCGAGAGGGAAGCCUGGUCCGAAGAAGAAGCCUAGACUUGACGACGGUACCUCCGAACCCGUCAAAAUCGCAUCAUCCCAUAGGCUAGGGCCCAAAGCCAACACCGGCGCCAUUAAUGCUGGCCUUCGCGCCCUUGAUCGUUCGGGUGCUCCAUGCCGUAAAUGGGAACGCAAGUCCUUGCAACUGAAGAGCUUCACUGGCAUCCAGUGGCAGCUACCGACCUGGCGAACUCCUCGACCUCAGAAAACAGACGACAAUGGCGAAAUCAAGGUGUCUGUCCUAGAGACCGGUGAUAGCGAUAGCAAGGCGAAUCAAAGCGCCAGCGGGGUUCCUAGCGAGAAGAGCAACUCUGGCGACGGAGACCUAACUCCGGUCCCUCCGAAUAUCGCAGAGGCCUCUUCACCUGCCAUUGCCAUGGCCGCAUAGGCGCAACCCCCAUAAUUUGACUCGGCUAUCACCCUUCGUGUACAUUAAUUUCAGUCUACCUUUUUAUUUUUCCAUGGUUCCUGGAGCGUUGUUUUAAUGUUUAACCUUUGUAUGGGUUGGAUUGGCGUUUGGGAAGUUCUAUCUUUCACUCCCAUAAUGGGCUACCUCAUGUGUUUUCUGUCAUUUCUGACCACUGACAGAAGUUUUACCUGUUCCUACCUGUGUUUACCUGAGUUUGCACGCUCAAUAGCCUUUUGAUCUGUCUUUGUCCUUUCUAGUUCAUUGUUUGUACUAUUAUGCUUGCUGGAUUUGGGGUUUUACGCAAGAUCUGAGCUACCCCCUCUACCAAGACCAUGUGGGGGAUGUUUAUUGUAUGCAGAAAAACGUUGGGAAUAGAUCUACAGAUGCAACCGAGGUUCUCAUUAGAGGUAUCAGUAGGGUAUGCAAGGGAUUUGCGAUUCAAACCGAUUCUCUAGAAUGAACGAGUCUUG